GUGACAGUAAACAAAUUAUACUAUAAUGACAGAAACAAUCCCCGCCUGAACUCAGGAGUAAAACUCUUGAACCUCUGAACCAUAUCUUUUAAAACUAUUCGGGAGAUCAUUUUGAUGCCCAGUACAUAUUUUUCAAACUGGUACUUGGAUUAUCAAUCAACUUUUUCUCCAAUAUUGCGGAACGCCAGAGGGUAGAUAACUAGCUAGCAAGAUAUUCCCACUAGAUAACACAGCCACAAAGUACAAAUUGGCUAUAUCGUAAAAAUGUAUGAAAACAGAAAUACGCGUUUUGGUCUUAAUUUAAGGUUGGACCAUUAGAUCAGCAGUGUGGUUCGGUUUAAAAUCCGUUUAUAAGAAGAUGAAUUGUAGAAAUAUCCGGGCAAGCUUGCUAGCCCCAAAAUGUGUACAACUUCAAAGUUGCUCAACUGUUGCACAGGGGAUCAACUACUGCAUUUGAAGACACUGCCACCUGCUGACAUGUGCCUCAAAUGUGAUUAUCAAAGAGUCCUCAACAGCCAUUUGAGGUAGAUAGCUACAUAGAUUUGAUUUGACAGUUAUAAAUUACACCCAGGGGGAAGAUACCACCAGUCCGGUCCCUUACACGCCUUUCUUGUGACGUGUUAUGCGCGGCCAUAAAACGGUGACCUAUUGUGACGUAACCAAGCAUCAAUACGCUACAUGAACUGUGUUCAGUUUUGAUAUCAACAGUACAAUCUCUUUCUUCAAUCAGCUUGUUUCAGCUAAUCUUUUGCCGCAUAGUCUGCCCUAGCUGACGCUGUGCAGAGAAUACUACGAUUGGAAACGGUUGGUUAGACCCGUUCGCACUGCACAAGAAAACAAGAUGGAUCGUAGUGAUGAGAGAAUCAGAAGAGCUUUAAGGCGCCGCCCUUAUGUGUUGAAUCCAGUGAGGGUGAACUCCCCUGAUUCUGUGAUGUGGCCAACCGGUAAGGUGCACAGAAGACCAAGGCCUUCUACUUCAGCGCAGACCCCUCAGAUCCACAAAAGGCCUCCAAUCAUUGAGAACUGUGGGCAGGAACAGACAUCUGGGGAUGGACGGGACAUGAAUCCAGAGCCUCUCAGCCAGUCUGGAAGGGUGACUCGGCUGAUGGAGAGAAAUUAUGAUGGGGUGAUCUCAUCCUCCAACUCUGAUGACAUCUCUAUCUACUCCUUCACUGACUGUGAAUCUGAGAGCCCAGGGAAAGUCUCUGGUCCUGUGUCUGGCCUCUCUCCUCUUGUGACCUCAGCACCCCGGACCCUGGCUGAAGCCCUACAAGCCCUGCCCUCUGCUGUGGCCCGUCCCUCCCAAAAGGAUGUCCCAAAGCCUCCGACACCUCUAAGCCCUGUCUCUGUCAUUGUUGCUUCGCCUGCUGUGGAGUACUUACCAUACCACCGCAGCCCUCGCCUGGCCCCAAUCACCAACCUGAGUGAGAACGGCAGGAAGCUGCUCCAGAAAAUGUCAGGAGUGACGCCACAGGAAGGGAAGGUCAAAAGGAAAAAGACCAAGGGAAAAAAGCAAGUGAAGAAAGAGAAGGCCAGUAAGAUGCAGCAGGUGGAAAAUGUUGGAGAAAGUAAGGAGGACAAGAAAGAGGAAAAGACGAGUCUGAGGAAGAGGUUUCUCCAGUGGCUGCUGCCCAAACUGAGAUGUUCGAAGAAAUAAUGGCCAACUACUACUACAGCACACACACAUACUAUUGAUAUUGGUCUCAUUGUUAUAUUUUGAGACAUGCACCAUUCUUAAAAAAAUAAAAAAGACCCAAUAAUUAUAUUGGUUCCCAUACAGCCUA